CCAAAUUUAUAAGUUGGACUAAAAUCUUUGACUUCACCAGCUCACUUCCCUUCUCCCCACUCAACAAAAUCCCCAAUCUCCAUCCCUUCAAACCCUAAUCCAACCGCCGGCGAAAAACCCUAAAUGGGAGCAAGCAGUGACCCGAACCAACAAGACGGAUCCGACGAACAACAACGCCGCUCCGAGAUCUACACAUACGAAGCUCCAUGGCACAUUUACGCUAUGAAUUGGUCUGUCCGCAAGGACAAAAAGUACCGUCUCGCUAUCGCUAGUUUACUCGAACAGUACCCGAACCGGGUCGAAAUUGUCCAGCUUGAUGACUCCAAUGGCGAAAUCCGAUCCGACUCGAAACUCUCAUUCGAACACCCGUACCCGCCUACGAAGGUAAUUUUUAUACCCGAUAAGGAAUGUCAGAAGCCUGAUCUUUUAGCUACAUCGAGUGAUUAUUUAAGGAUUUGGAGGGUUAAUGGGGAUAAUAAUCGGGUUGAGAUUAAGAGUUUGUUGAAUAAUAAUCGGAAUAGUGAGUUUUCGGGUCCGUUGACUUCAUUUGAUUGGAAUGAGGCCGAGCCUAGGAGGAUUGGGACGUCAAGUAUUGAUACGACGUGUACGAUUUGGGAUAUUGAGAGGGAAACUGUGGAUACGCAGUUAAUUGCGCAUGAUAAAGAGGUUUAUGAUAUUGCUUGGGGUGGUGUUGGUGUGUUUGCUUCUGUAUCUGCUGAUGGAUCGGUUAGGGUUUUUGAUUUGAGGGAUAAGGAGCAUUCGACGAUUAUUUAUGAGAGUUCUGAGCCUGAUACGCCGCUUGUAAGGCUUGGAUGGAACAAACAGGAUCCUAGGUAUAUGGCUACGAUAAUAAUGGAUAGUGCAAAGGUUGUUGUUUUGGAUAUUCGUUUUCCUACGCUACCUGUUGUGGAAUUGCAGAGGCAUCAAGCUAGUGUGAAUGCUAUUGCUUGGGCUCCUCAUAGUUCUUGUCAUAUUUGUACUGCUGGUGAUGAUUCGCAGGCGCUUAUUUGGGAUUUAUCUUCGAUGGGUCAGCCAAUUGAAGGUGGAUUGGAUCCUAUUCUGGCGUAUACUGCUGGUGCAGAAAUCGAGCAGCUUCAGUGGUCUUCGUCGCAGCCUGAUUGGGUUGCCAUUGCUUUCUCCAACAAGCUUCAGAUUCUAAGGGUGUGAAUUGGUGUAUACUCGCACUUCAGCUUCAGUGGUCCUCCUCCAGGCAUUCUUCUCCAAGUACUGUUGUCUUCAAGUGCAUCAUUGAGAAGGAGAACAACGUCAAGCAGCCAGGAGAGAGAGAGAGAGAUCAAGGGCAGCUGACAGGUAGUUUAGUACCUCGAUCGGCUAUCGGCUGGUUUUGUUAUUGCAGGCAAGAAAGAAAGAUCCGUCUGCAGUUGGGUUGAGAUGCCUCUCUCUAAUCCUGUUGGUACAUCUAUAGCAAGGUGCCCACCUAUUAUUGUCGAGUGGGAAAUCUGAAGGCAAGAUGCACUGUGAAAUAAGUCGAGGUGAAGCCAAAUGUGAAUAGGACAUGGAACUUGAUAUCAGUCUCCAUGUCUCAGCUGGUGAAGCAUCGAUGAUAUCAGGAAGUCAACCUGGAGCUGAAAUGGGGGAUAGCUUAGUUGUUGCAAUGACGAAGAACAUCCGGUUCAAGAAUAAACCUAGUCCUGAAGUUGUGAAAUCGAAUUCUCAUGGAAGUUGGUAGGGGGAAGGUGGUGCAAUGAGGAUUUACGUUGGUUGCCUAAUUUUUGCCUGUUCUUGUUCCCAGGUACAGGUAACUGGGCAGAGGCUAGUGCUCUCUCCUAUGUGACUCAAAUGGCGAAUUGCUAUUGGCUUUGUUCAUAUCACUAUUAAAUUUUGGAUUUGAAUGCCGAUGCUAGUGGUAUGGACUGUGUACACUUUACGCUCUCCAGACUUAAAUCCCGUUACUUCAUAAAAUUUGAAACUAUGGGUUUACAAUAUCAAAUUAAUGGCAGACACCCUUUCCCUAAACAAGUGUCAUUUGGCACUAGUUUUCAAAUUUGUGUAAAUAUAUACUGUAUUUUUUUCCAAACAUUAAUAUCUACUCAAAUAGACCCUAUCACUCACUCACUAGUUGAGUUGUAAUAAUAUAUAGAAUGGUUUUAACUUACUAGUUUUCAUACUAUAUAGUUGUAAUAAACUAAUAAUAAAUUGACUGAGUUUAACUUA